CAAAACGAAAGCAGGAAAGUUGUUGUGCACGUGUGUGAAAGAAGGUGGACCAAUGCAACUACGAGAAUGGUAAUCCGAAGAGUUUACAAGAAAGGGGGGAUAACCAAGGGAAGCCAUGAUGCUACAAAACUCAAGAUAUCCUCACUUAUAGGGAAGGGACUGUCUAGGAUUCUUACAGAAGUCUGUUUCUACAUCAGCAUAGAUGAUGAAGAUUUAGAACAAGAAGAUAUGGACAAGUUAAAAUGGAUACUGCACACUCCUUUUCAGGAGGGACAGAUUUCUGAUGACACAUUUCUUCAACCCAAUACUGCUGACACAAAUGAAAAGCAUGUCAUCAUUGAAAUAGGACCAAGGCUGAACUUUUCAACUCCAUUUUCAACAAAUGCUGUGUCCAUGUGCAAAGCAGCAGGAUUGAAACAUUUGAUUCGUGUGGAGAGCUCCGUACGUUACAUGAUUAUGACGAGGCCAGGAUUCACGUUGACAAGUGAAAUUGAGGAGAAAAUAGUGGCCAGCCUUCAUGAUCGAAUGACCCAGUGUCGCUACUUACACCCUAUUGAGAACUUUGAACUUGAGGCAUUGACUGAGGAGGUGUACGAGGUGGAAGUUAUGGAGAAUGGUCGUGUGGCCCUGGAGAUGGCAAAUACAGAGUUAGGUCUGGCCUUUGAUGACUGGGACAUGGAUUACUACACCAAGCUGUUCCAGGAGACGAUCAAACGUAACCCAACCAACGUGGAAUGCUUCGACCUCGCUCAGUCUAACAGCGAACACAGUCGCCACUGGUUUUUUCGAGGGAGGAUGAUAGUGGAUGGUGAGGAACGUCCAGAAUCACUGUUUGACAUGAUUAAGGCAACUCAGAAAUCCUCCAAUGACAACAACGUCAUCAAGUUCUCUGAUAAUAGCAGUGCUAUUAAGGGGUUUGAGGUGGAAGUACUACAGCCCAGCGACCCAACCAAGCCCAGCCCCAUGAUACACACCAAGGAAAAAAAACGCCACAUCAUCUUCACAGCAGAGACGCACAACUUCCCUACAGGUGUGGCACCCUUCCCUGGGGCCACCACAGGUACGGGGGGCCGAAUCCGAGAUGUCCAGGCAGCUGGCCGUGGGGCCCAUGUGGUAGCGGGGACAGCAGGGUACUGCUUCGGUAACCUCCUCAUCCCAGGGUAUGAACUGCCUUGGGAGGAUAAGACUUAUGUCUACCCUAGUAACUUUGCUCUCCCGGUGGACAUCGCUGUAGAGGCCAGUAAUGGGGCCUCGGACUACGGUAACAAAUUUGGAGAGCCUGUUAUCACAGGGUUUGCCCGCUCAUUUGGACUGACCACACCUGAUGGAGAGCGGAGAGAGUAUGUCAAACCUAUCAUGUUCAGUGGUGGCAUUGGACAAUUAGAUGGGAACUGCACCAUGAAAAAAACACCAAAAGAAGGUAUGAGGGUGGCAAAGAUCGGGGGUCCAGUCUACCGUAUCGGUGUGGGAGGGGGAGCAGCCUCCUCCGUCCAGGUACAGGGGGACAACAAGACAGAGAUGGACUUCAGAGCAGUGCAGAGGGGAGACCCUGAGAUGGAACAAAAACUAAAUCGCCUGAUACGUGCCUGUUUGGAGAUGGGGGACAGCAACCCUAUAGCUAGCAUACAUGAUCAGGGAGCAGGAGGCAAUGGUAACGUGCUGAAGGAGAUAGCAGAGCCAGCUGGAGCCGUGAUCAGGGCGUCUGAGUUUACUCUGGGGGACCCCACCCUGACUGACAUGGAGUUAUGGGGGGCUGAGUACCAGGAGAGUAAUGCUAUUCUCCUCCACAAGUCUGAUCGUGAUGUCCUCGAAACCAUCGGUAAACGGGAGAGGUGUCCGGUCGACAUAGUGGGCAAGAUAACUGGGGAUGGAAGGAUCAGGUUUGAGGGAUUUAACCACUCUGAAGGUGAUGGAAGCCCUGCAAAAAAGCGGCGGAAGUUUCAUAAAUACCCAGUUGACCUGGAACUUGAACAUGUACUUGGCUCCAUGCCAAGAAAGGAGUUUAUUCUCAAUCACAAGGAGAUGCCACUUAAACCCUUGGUUCUACCUGAGGGCCUACAGGUAAUUGAUGCCCUAAACAGAGUUCUACGCCUACCUUCUGUGGCCAGCAAGAGGUACCUCACUAACAAGGUGGACCGCUGUGUGACGGGACUUGUGGCCCAGCAGCAGUGUGUAGGCCCACUCCACACACCUCUGGCUGAUGUUGCAGUGACUGCAAUCACACAUAACGAGUUAGUUGGGUCAGCUACAGCAAUAGGAGAACAGCCAGUGAAGGGCCUGGUGAACCCAGCUGCUGGUGCUCGCAUGUCUGUUGGGGAGGCCAUGACUAAUCUAGUGUUUGCCCGCGUUACUGAGAGGAAGGACAUUAAGGUGAGCGGUAACUGGAUGUGGCCAGCCAAGCUCCCCGGGGAGGGGAAAGCACUGUUUGAUGCCUGUCGUGCCAUGUGUGAUGUGAUGAAAGACCUGGGUGUCGCAAUCGACGGGGGCAAGGACUCGCUCAGCAUGGCUGCCCGCGUGGAGGGCCAGACUGUCAAGGCCCCAGGAACGCUGGUUAUUUCCAUGUACUGUGGCUGUCCAGAUAUCACAGCCACUGUCACACCAGAUCUCAAAUGUCCACAGGGCAAAGGAACCCUGUUGUAUGUGGACAUCAGUGGAGGGAAACAUCGACUGGGAGGCUCGGCUCUGGCUCAGUGUUACCAGCAAAUAGGAGAUACCACACCCGAUUUAGAACGGCCACAGGUCAUGUGUCAGGUGUUUGAUAUAACACAAAAGCUCCUAAAAGAGCGUAAGAUCGUCAGUGGACACGAUGUCAGUGAUGGUGGAUUGGUCACCUGUCUCCUUGAAAUGGCAUUUGCUGGCAACUGUGGUCUAAACUGUGAUGUACCAGUUUCUGAUUCAGGAGUAUCCAAUAUCGAUGUAUUAUUUGCGGAGGAGCUUGGCCUCGUAUUAGAAGUACAGGAGAAAUAUCAACAGGAAGUCCUUGAAGCGUAUUCAGCAUACAAUGUUCCAUGCUAUUUGAUUGGUCAUUCACUUAGCAGAAAGAAGGACGUGCCAAAAAUCCGCUUGUGUAUAAAUGGCGACCCAGUGUUGGUGGAGACAAUGCCUGCCCUGCGUGAUGUUUGGGAGGAAACAAGUUUCCAGUUGGAGCGUCGACAGACUUCAGCCCAGUGUGUGGACCAGGAACAGAAGGGGCUCUCUGAGAGGGAGGGACCUCACUACCAUGUAGCGUUUGAGUGUGAUAUAGUGUCCUUAUCACGUAAAGGUAGAGACACAAUAAAGACGCCAGUGAGAGUGGCUGUUCUGAGAGAGGAGGGCAGUAACAGUGACCGUGAUUAGAAUGUCUAUACAAGUGUACUUGGUAGUAAAGACGCCAGUGACAGUGGCUGUUCUGAGAGAGGAGGGCAGUAACAGUGACCAUGAUUAGAAUGUCUAUAAAAUUGUACUUUGUAGUAAAGACGCCAGUGAGAGUGGCUGUCCUGAGAGAGGAGGGCAGUAACAGUGACCGUGAUUAGAAUGUCUAUACAAGUGUACUUGGUAGUAAAGACGCCAGUGACAGUGGCUGUCCUGUCAGAGGAGGGCAGUAACAGUGACCGUGAUUAGAAUGUCUAUAAAAUUGUACUUGGUAGUAAAGACGUCAGGGACUGGCUGUCCUGAGAGAGGAGGGCAGUAACAGUGACCGUGAUUAGAAUGUCUAUACAAUUGUUCUUUGUAGUAAAGAUGCCAGUGAGAGUGGCUGUCCUGAGAGAGGAGGGCAGUAACAGUGACCAUGAUUAGAAUGUCUAUACAAGUGUACUUGGUAGUAAAGACGCCAGUGAGAGUGGCUGUCCUGAG